AUGCUUCAUUUCGUUUCGAAACGACUACUUUGUUCUUUUCGUCCUCGAACAACAAGAGUUAAAUGGUCUCCUGCGUUAACUGCAUUAUUACAAGUUCACUUUCAAAGUACAGUAGCUGCUGAUAAUAAUAAUAGAACUGACAUUGAUCACAACCGAAUAAAAAUCCAUCGCUCGGAACGUUUAAAACCAAUUGUUCCCAACAAAGAUUUGGUGUUUGGACGUAUUUUUACAGAUCAUAUGCUAAAUAUUGAAUGGUAUAAGGAAAAUGGAUGGCAUGAUCCAAUAAUUAAACCUUAUGAUAAAAUAUGUCUUGAACCUAGUGCCAUGGUUUUCCAUUAUUCGUUUGAAUGUUUCGAGGGAUUAAAGGCUUAUAAAGAUAAGAAUGGUAAAAUAAGAUUAUUUAGACCAGAGAUGAACAUGAAGAGAUUCCAAAGAUCGGCAGCAAGGAUUUCAUUACCAAGUUUUAAUGAAAAGGAAUUAUUUAAAUGUUUGAAAGAACUUGUUCGCCUUGAGGAACGAUGGAUUCCAGCGGAAAGAGGAUUCUCAUUAUAUAUACGUCCAACAUUAAUUGGAACUCAAGAAUCAUUAGGAGUUGGACCUACUACAAGAUCACUUCUUUUCAUUAUAUGUUCACCUGUAGGACCAUACUAUAAAACAGGAUUUAAUGCAAUUGAAUUAUUAGCUACUACCGAAAAUGUUAGAGCAUGGCCAGGAGGUACAGGAGAUGUUAAAGUUGGAGGAAAUUAUGCUCCUUGUGUAAAACCUCAAAUUGAAGCAGCAGAAAAAGGGUAUCAACAAAAUUUAUGGUUAUUUGGGGAAGAUGAUGAAAUUACCGAAGUGGGUACAAUGAAUUGUUUUGCUCUUUUAAAGAAUGAGCAAGUAACCCCACCAUUGGAUGGUUCAAUCUUAGCGGGUGUGACGCGUGAUUGUAUAUUAUAUUUGGCACGUUCCUGGAAUGAAUUUAAAGUUUCAGAACGAAAAAUCACAAUGUCAGAAGUUAAAACAGCUGCCGAAAAAGGAAGAUUAUUAGAAAUGUUUGGAUCAGGUACAGCAUGUAUUGUAAGUCCUAUUAAAGGAAUUCAUUAUAGAGGAUUAAAUAUAGAAGUACCAUUAGAUUCGAAUAAUCCUUCUAAUCAAACUGGUCCAAUAACUAAAAGAUUUGCUGAUACAUUAAUGGGAAUACAAUAUGGAGAAAUUCCUCAUGAAUGGUCUGUUGUUUUGAAUUAA